AUGUACCGAUCCCAAACGAAAAGGGUCAAAAUUGCUGCUGGGCACAUAUGGACUUCAAAUGUCUAUAAGAUCAGACAAUCUCUUAAAAGUGUUUACCGAAAAUGUAAGAUCCAGCACCCAUAUUCAACUAGAUAUCCAACAGUGACUUCCGAUGAUUGUGACCAAGACGGUGCUUGUUUGAGUGAAGAAAGGAAUUUUACGGUAAUGCUCCAAGAUAUUAAAACAGCCCAAGUUGAACUCCUUGGCCAAAUGACUGACAUUGUCAGUGCGGUAUCAAGUAUCCAGAAAAAGAUUGACCAUUAUCAAAAGCAAAUGAAUGUCCUGGAAACCAGAAUGAACAUUAAUGAAAACAAGCACAUUACAAUCACCAAAGACAUCCUCUCCAUGAGAGAAGACAUUGGUGCUAUAAAGAAGAAAGUGACUGAACUGGCAAACCAGAAUCCUCACGCCAGCACACACAGCUUAGAAGUUCUCAGGGCACAGAGUGGCAAAGAAGUCAUAGACGUGCUUCACAAGCUCAUCCAGCCCGAAACUGAGCGAGACGUAGCCUCCUCAGAAGACACGGAAGUCUGUGCAGCAGAACCAGAGAAAGUGCCCAGGCAUUCAGAGCCUGCUGAUCAUCUUGAGGAAAAAACAAUGACCCCCAAAAUUCAAACACUGACACAAAGGCACCCCCAAAAUGCAUCAGUGAGUUUUCAAAAGACGAAGUCAAACAUUUAUAUCUACCCAGACUUCAGUACCUGGAUCAAGUUAACUUUUGUUCAUGGAGGAAAAUGGACAUUUUUCCUCAGAGCUACCCAGCUAGAGGAAUUCGUGCAGUGGCUUCUUUCAAGAUCAACCACCCUUCCUGAGGAUGCACAAAUCAUACCCCAGAGAGGUGACCCCUUUACUGGACCUGUUGUAAGCUUGACCACAAUCUGUCUCUCGAUUUUCAACUAUAUUUGCUACCUCUUUGGUUGCUCAAAAAAGGAAGUAACUCGACUUUAG